CUUAAUUAUGAGAAUUAGGAAGAUGUACCACUUAAAUAAGAAUAGGGCGUCGGGUACCACUAAUGUUCUUGAAUUGUGCAUCCGUCUAAAAUUUCGUCCAUCUGCCGUUAAUAAUGAAUAAAAUAUUAUUUUGUGUCAACAAAAUUUAAAAAUAAUAUAAAAAACGAAAAAUUUAAAAGUUAUGUCGGCCUCCGUUUCCAAACCUCACCGCCGCCCACCAGCGCACUGGCCCUGCAACUUCAUGAUCCAAUCACCCGACUCUAAAGCUCCACUGCUCCUCCGUCAUACUCAGCAGCCGCAAUGGAGAAGGCAUCGAGACCUCUCCCCAUUCACCUCCUUCAAGCUUCUUUCCUCGAUCCCAUCAUCAUGGUCGUCUGUAGAUGGAGGUUUCGCCUCCGGAGCAAUCAACCUUGGCGGCGGACUCCAUGUUUUCCAAACCGCCUCCUUUAACAAUAAUCUGGUCCACCCAAUAAGGAGGACCCGACAACCUCGGAACAUCCUUCUCCGAACUGUCUGAAUUGCCUCCAGGAUUCCAAAUGCUCAGUACCCACGGACAACCCAACGCUAACCCUAAUUUCCACAGCUAUCCUCAUCGGGAAAGACGCAAUACAACCGCCGACGAAGGAGGAGCAUUGAGGCCAUCUCAUCUCAGUCUGUAUCAAUCUGCCGAUGAAGGAUCGUGAAGAAGUUUUAGAGUUUUGGAUCGUCAAGUUGCAGAGGCAGUGCUCGCAGUGGGCGACGGUGAGGGUUUGGAGACGAAAGCCACAAAAUUUUCCAUUUUUUGUUUUUCAAUUAUUUUUAAAUUUUUUAAGAAAUAAUAAUAUUUUAU